AGUGUACAGGCUCACACUGGCAUUAUCUUUCUCCAGCUCUGGUGGACCUCUGAACUUUCUUUGAAACAGUUUGUUGACCGUCUAAUUAACACGUAGAAGAAAACCUCUCGCUGACUCCAGAGAAUCUACAGACGUUGUAUGUUUCUACGUGGGAUGGGAGAUGAAAAUUACCCAAGGUGGAAAGCACUUGGCAUAUUCAUUGCCCACACGAAAUGCUGAAAUGGUGUCAGUUAUAUAACUGUCUUCAUGAGUAAUAAGGCAUACUCAUUCUGAAAGCCUCUGUAUGAGACUCUCGUGCACAAGCAAAUCCUUGCAGCUACCAGGAGACACCAGCUGUGUAGGUGAGCUGAUGGACGAAGAUGAUAAGGACAGGGCAAAGAGGGCAUCCCGCAACAAAUCUGAGAAGAAACGGAGAGAUCAGUUCAAUGUCCUCAUCAAAGAACUUAGCACAAUGCUGCAGGGUUCCACACGCAAGAUGGACAAAUCGACAGUCCUACAGAGGACAAUUGAUUUUCUGCAAAAACAGAAAGAAAUCUCAGCUCAGACAGAGGCCUGUGAGAUCAGACAGGACUGGAAACCGUCAUUCCUUAGCAAUGAAGAGUUCACACAGCUGAUGUUGGAGGCACUCGAUGGGUUUCUCAUAGCACUUAGUGCUGAUGGAAAUAUUAUUUAUGUCUCUGAUAGUGUUUCAUCACUGCUUGGCCAUUUACCGUCAGAUCUAGUGGACCAAAAUAUAUUGAACUUUCUCCCAGAACGGGAACAUGCAGAAGUCUACAAGCUGCUAUCGAAUCAGAUGUUAAUGACGGAACAGGUUACGUUGGAUUACCUGAACAGUGAAAAUCACGUUGAAUUCUGUUGUCAUUUAUCAAGAGGAACGUUAGACCCAAAAGAACCCCCUACGUAUGAAUAUGUAAAGUUCAUAGGAAACUUUAGGUUUCACAGUCAUGUGCCUAUGUCUUCUUGUAAUGGUUUUGACUUAGCCAUUUCAAGGGCGUUUCGAUCUGCUCCAGAAGAGCAAGUCUGUCUACUGGCAACUGUACGGCUGGCCAUCCCGCAGUUUUUAAAGGAAAUGUGCAAUGUUGAAGAACCAUGCGAAGAAUUUACUUCACGCCACAGUUUAGAGUGGAAGUUCCUAUUCCUUGAUCACAGGGCACCUCCAAUUAUAGGCUACUUACCUUUUGAAGUACUGGGAACAUCUGGCUAUGAUUACUAUCAUGUUGAUGACCUAGAGCUUCUAGCAAGCUGCCAUGAACACUUGAUGCAGUUUGGAAAGGGAAAGUCUUGCUACUAUCGUUUUCUGACCAAAGGGCAGCAGUGGAUAUGGCUCCAAACGCAUUACUACAUCACCUACCAUCAGUGGAACUCCAAGCCUGAGUUUAUUGUCUGUACACACACUGUAGUAAGCUAUGCAGAAGUUAGAGCAGACAGACGACGGGAGCUUGGCCUGGAGGAGUCCACCCCUGACAUCUUGGCUUCAUCAUCUCUUAAGGUACCCAAUUGCAACUUGGCUAUCAGACAAUGUGAAAGUGCCCAGGAUAUUCCCAUUGAGAAACUCGUUGAUAGUCGACCGUGUUCAGUGUCUUCUCAGAGUUCGCACAAGUCCUCUCAUACUGCGCUGUCAGACUCUGCAUCAACAACAUCCAAAGUGCACACGGAAGCAAGCACGACUUCUAGACACUCAGUAAAUGUCAGCCUGCAAGACAAAUCAGCACAGAGACUGCAACCAGUCAGCAAUCAGGCGCUGUUGACAAUCCAGCCAUCAACCGAUGCACUUCGAUCACAGCAAAUGCCCCAACCAGCGAUUUCCAAUCAGCAGCCAGUUAUGCCCAUGUACCAGUGUCCUGAACAGCUAGAUGUGAUGCACCAGCUAAAAGAACAGCUGGAAGAGAGGACCCGAAUCCUACAAGCAAACAUAAAGACACAGCAGGAGGAGCUGCACCAGAUUAAGGAGCAACUUCAACUUGUGCAAGAUUCUAAUCUCCAGAUGUUGCUUCAACAACCAAUUUCACUUGGAAUUAAUGCUAUGGAACAUCAAGAUGAAGGACAGCAGCAACAGCAGCAACAACCACAGCAACCACCGGGAAUUAUCAUGCAAACUCCCCACCUGACUACCAAGCAGAUGCAAGGUCUGGUGGGUGCUGAAGUAUGUGCUCAGCAUCUGUCAUCAUCCCAACAACUCCUCAGGGAACCAAAUGUAAAACCAAGCCAGGUUCAACAGCAAUUUGUGAAAGGAAAUAAUCUUCAACAAACCAGCCUGCAAAUCCAAUCACAUAAUAGUCUGGCAGCACCACUCUUCAGCAACCCCAUGAUGUUUUCUCAGGCUCCUCCAGUGACAUUUCCUGCUCCACUGGCCUCCAAUGUCAAUCAGAAUCAGGCAACUACAGAUUAUGGACCUGACCGACAACUGAGAUUAUUUCUCAAUCAACCCAUCCAUUCCGUAAUGCCAAGUAGCAGUGGAAAUGAGCAACCAUUCCAGAACAACUCAGCAAGACAGCAAGCCAAUCUGGAAAUAAUCUAUCACCCGCAGAUGAUCGUUGACCAGACCUUUUGUAGAACACUCGAUCAGAUUAGACCAAUUAGAUAUAUUCAGGAUCAACAGAUGCUGACAGCACUAACAAUGCAACCGAUAAGCUGUAGCGCAGUCAUUGUCCCUUCUCCGGAUUCUGUGACGAUCCCACAUCAAGGCUUCUCCGCCCACCAGCAGUCCUCGAUCCAACAGCAGCAUUCCAUGCAGCUUCAACAACAGCAUCACUACCUUCAGCAAGUGCCACCAAGUGGAGCAAUGCAAGGAAGCCAGUCACAGUCUCUUUUCCUUCCACCUCCUUCACCACAGCGCAGUACUAUGGGGUACCUCUCGCAACAUCAAGCACGUCACACACAAAACCGAACCAGCAGCAUCUCAGACUUAGCCAAUGUUCAGCUGCCCCGGUAGCCAGGAAAGUGCAACGAUUCGGCACUGCAUCGAGAACAGUCAUAUGGCAAAUACCUCGAUGGUAGAAUUGUGAAAGGUUGUGGGGUGGUGAGCAGGAGUUGAGUGAAGAGUUGGUAAACCCACAUGUGGGAUGGGUACAGAUUUCACUACCUCCUGGAAUCUACCACAGCAGCUCUCAGCCCUGAAGAGAAGAUUGGACUCUGAGGAGAACAGCCUGCAGUUUUUAAUGAAAAUAAGCCACUUUCUUAAGACCAAAUUUCAUCCAGAUUCAUUUCCACGUCUAAUCUGUUUGUUAGAGAAACUUGAACAGCCAUUUUGGUUUGUCAUUCAUACAAAUGUAAUUGUUUUAAAAUCCCCUUCCACUCCUAAAUGUGAAUUUCAUACACAUGUCUUUUGCCAAGCACUAGCUGGAAUCAUGAAAACAAUUGGUAUGUUCA